UGCCCAAGAACAAAAUAUUGAUUCUGCAAGUGCAGUUUAAAAUAUCUGGAGUGCCUGAUCAUAUCUGUGUCAGUAAGAAGGUCUCCAUGGAUCCAUUUGUGGGCUUGGUGCUUUGUCUGUCCUUUCUGCUUCUCCUCUCACUGUGGAGACAGAAAUCUGGAAGAGGGAACCUCCCUCCUGGCCCUACUCCUCUUCCAAUUAUUGGCAAUUACCAUCUGAUAGAUAUGAAGGACAUUCGUCAAUCCUUUACCAAUUUUUCUAAAACCUAUGGCCCUGUGUUCACUCUGUAUUUUGGCUCACGGCCUACUGUGGUAUUAUAUGGUUAUGAGGCAAUGAAAGAAGCCCUCAUUGACCAUGGAGAAGAGUUCUCUGGAAGAGGAAGGUUUCCAGUUUUUGAAAAGGCUUCUAAAGGAAAGGGCCUUGGUUUUAGCCAUGGAAAUGUAUGGAAAGCCACAAGGGUCUUCACAGUCAAUACCCUGAGGAACUUGGGCAUGGGAAAAAGGACCAUUGAGAACAAAGUGCAAGAUGAAGCACAGUGGCUCGUGAAGGAACUUAAGCAAACAAAUGGCUCACCCUGUGAUCCCCAAUUCAUCAUAGGAUGUGCUCCCUGCAAUGUCAUCUGCUCCAUUGUUUUCCAGAAUCGUUUUGAUUAUAAGGAUAAGGAUUUUCUUAGCUUGAUAGAAAAAGUGAAUGAGUGCACUGAAAUUUUGAGCUCUCCUGGGUGUCAGAUUUUCAAUGCAUUCCCUAUUCUUAUUGAUUAUUGUCCAGGAAGUCAUAACAAAUUUUUAAAAAAUUAUACAUGUAUUAAGAGCUAUCUUUUGGAGAAAAUAAAAGAACACGAAGAAUCAUUGGAUGUUACAAAUCCUCGGGAUUUCAUUGAUUACUUCCUAAUUCAAAGACGUCAGGUAAAGGGUUAA